UUAUUAUAUUUUCAAUUUUCCUUGAAAGAACAACCUCUUCAUAUAUAUUUGCAUUUCUUGGAUCUAUCAAUGGCCACAUAAAUUUCUACUCCAGAUGCCAUUUGGGCUCAAACCAAGACGUAUAGAUAACAGGCUGACCUACCUUGUUAAGCAAAACAUGAUAUAGAUAACUGGUUCCAGUACAUCCCCCGUAGUAUGUGGUAAGGUAAGGGGCCACACCUGUGUAUCUAAAAACAGGCAAGCAUAUCUAUAUGGAUGAAUGUUAAAAGGGUUGGAGGCGGAAAGCACAAGAAUUUGGUGUUGAACUCUAAUCUGAAGAAGAUGGGCUCUUCUCCUUCUUCAUCAUCCAUUGUUUCUGCUGUAUUGUUUUUGGUUUUCAAUGCGGCUGUGUUGUGUCAUGGAGGCAAAACCAGUAGUUUCGUUAGGAAAGUGGGGAAAACUAUUGACAUGCCUCUUGAUAGUGAUGUUUUUAAAGUCCCUCCUGGCUACAAUGCUCCUCAGCAGGUUCAUAUAACACAAGGAGAUCAUGUGGGGAAGGGAGUGAUAGUGUCAUGGGUGACUGCUGAUGAGUCAGGUUCAAAUACAGUGAUUUACUGGAGUGAAAGUAGCAAACAAAAGAAGGAGGCUGAAGGCAAAACUUAUACCUAUAAAUUCUACAAUUACACCUCUGGCUACAUUCAUCACUGCAUCAUCAGAAACUUAGAGUUCAACACCAAAUAUUACUAUGUAGUAGGGGUUGGGAACACCACAAGACAGUUCUGGUUUAUCACUCCUCCUGCAGUUGGUCCUGAUGUCCCAUAUACAUUUGGUCUCAUAGGGGAUCUUGGUCAGACUUAUGAUUCAAAUAGAACACUUACUCACUAUGAAAAUAACCCAGCAAAAGGGCAAGCAGUUUUGUUUGUUGGAGACCUCUCUUACGCCGACCACUAUCCAAAUCAUGACAAUGUAAGAUGGGAUACAUGGGGAAGGUUUGUAGAGAGAAGUGUUGCUUAUCAACCUUGGAUAUGGACUGCAGGAAACCAUGAGAUUGAUUUCGCCCCAGAUAUCGGUGAAACCAAACCUUUUAAGCCUUAUACUCACCGCUACCAUGUCCCUUAUAGAGCAUCGCAAAGCACCGCUCCUUUUUGGUACUCAAUCAAGAGGGCUUCAGCAUACAUCAUCGUGUUGUCUUCAUACUCGGCAUAUGGCAAAUAUACUCCUCAAAACCAAUGGCUUGAAGAAGAGCUACCAAAAGUCAACAGGAGUGAGACACCAUGGUUGGUUGUUCUUAUGCAUUCUCCGUGGUAUAAUAGCUACGAGUAUCAUUACAUGGAAGGGGAGACCAUGAGAGUAAUGUACGAGCCAUGGUUUGUUAAGUACAAAGUUGAUGUUGUGUUUGCUGGUCAUGUUCAUGCCUAUGAACGAUCUGAGCGCAUAUCCAACAUUGCAUACAACAUUGUAAACGGACAGUGUGUACCGGUAAGAGAUCAAACUGCCCCAGUUUACAUUACCAUUGGUGAUGGAGGAAAUAUAGAGGGCCUGGCAACAAGCAUGACGUAUCCACAGCCAGAAUACUCAGCAUACCGCGAGGCCAGUUUUGGUCAUGCCAUUUUCGAUAUUAAGAACAGAACCCAUGCUUACUAUGGCUGGCACCGCAAUCAAGAUGGAUAUGCUGUGGAAGCUGACACCGUGUGGUUUUACAACAGAUACUGGCAUCCUGUCGAUGACUCAACAAAUUCCGAUUCGUGAUCAAUCAGUUCUCGAGAUCCUUUCAUUUCCUGGAAUAAAAUUCUCAUAAUAGAGAAGUGGACCGCAAUCACGAAUCGUCCCUUGGCCCCUUUGGUGGUCAGCGUUUGUGACAAAAAAAUUUUUUUUUGCUGAUCAUACGGCAAAAUACACCAAAUGAAAGUGUAUUAGGAUAUUGGCUCGUUCUCAAUAUUAAUUUUUUAAAAAAAUAUAAAAAUAUAUAUUUAAAGGA